UAAUUCUCCAAAACACUUUCACACAAUUUUUUUCCUCCAAACAACGUUUUUCGAUUUUAUUAGAAACUCUCAUAAAUAAACUGAUCUAGGAUGAAAAUCUAAAUUCUUAUUACAAAAGGUUCACCUCUAAACAAACCUAACCAUCAAACAAAUUGUACCAUGAUCUGUAUAUAGUUUUCUUAAGGGUGUACCUACCAUACACAAUCCAAGGUGACCUGGGAAAAGGAGAGAGAACGUGUCAAGACAGAGAUUCAGUGACAACGGAGAGAGGUCGAGAGGGAGGAGUUGAGAAACAAUGGCGGAGCGGGGCGGCGGAGGAUGCUGUCCACCGAUGGAUCUCUUCAGAUCGGAGCCUAUGCAGCUCGUUCAACUCAUUAUUCCAGUCGAGUCCGCUCACCUCGCCGUAGCUUACCUCGGAGACCUUGGCCUCAUCCAGUUCAAAGAUCUGAAUGUUGAGAAGAGCCCUUUCCAGAGAGCAUAUGCUACUCAGAUUAAGAGAUGUGGAGAGAUGGCGCGCAAGUUAUGGUUUUUCAAGGAUCAAAUGUCAAAAGCUGGCCUGUCACCUUGUGCUAAGUCUGCCACACAGGAUAACAUAAACUUCGAUGAUCUGGAGGUGAAGCUUGGAGAACUUGAAGCUGAACUGACUGAAAUAAAUGCAAACAAUAAUAAGUUACAACGGUCGUACUAUGAGCUAGUGGAAUACAGGCUUGUUCUGCAGAAGGUUGGUGAAAUAUUUCACUCAGCACAGAGUUGUGCUGAAGCUCAACAAAGAGAGUAUGCAUCAAAUCAAAGUGGCGAAGAGUCUGUGGAAGCUCCACUCUUGUCGGAAUUGGAUAUGUCAAUGGAUCCAUCUAAGCAAAUUAGAUUGGGAUCUAUUGCUGGACUUGUUCCUAGAGAGAAAUUCAUGGCCUUUGAGCGGAUUCUCUUCCGAGCUACCCGGGGUAAUGUGUUGUUGAGACAACAUGAGGUGGAGGAGCCUGUCACUGAUCCUAUUUCUGGAGAAAAGGUUGAGAAAAAUGCAUUUUUAGUCUUUUUUUCAGGCGAAAGGGCAAAGAACAAAAUUCUUAAGAUAUGUGAAGCUUUUGGAGCAAAUAGGUACCCAUUUGCCGAGGAACUUGGUAAACAGGCCCAUUUGAUAGCAGAGGUAUCUGCAAAAACCUCGGAACUAAAGACUGCAAUAGAUGCUGGAAUUCUGCACCGUGGGAAUGUAUUACAAAUUAUUGGCAAACAGUUCGACACCUGGAACUUUUUGGUUCGAAGGGAAAAAUCUAUUUAUCAUACACUUAAUAUGCUUAGCACAGAUGUGACAAAGAAAGGCCUGGUUGCUGAAGGCUGGAGUCCUACUUUUGCAACUCAAGAGAUUCAGGAUGAACUGAAGAGGGCAGCACGUGACUCUAAUUCAGAAAUGGGUGCAAUUUUUCGGGUACUGCCUACGCGAGAAUUGCCGCCCACAUAUUUCCGGACAAACAAAUUUACUUCUGCCUUUCAAGAGAUUGUGGAUGCGUAUGGGGUGGCUAGAUAUCAAGAAGCAAAUCCGGGUGUAUUCACUAUCGUCACAUUUCCAUUUCUUUUUGCAGUAAUGUUUGGUGACUGGGGUCAUGGUAUAUGCUUGUUACUUGCAACAUUGUACUUUAUAAUCCGUGAGAAAAAACUCUCUAGUCAGAAACUAGGAGACAUAACGGGAAUGACGUUUGGUGGGCGUUAUGUGAUAUUGAUGAUGGCAGUCUUCUCAAUCUACACAGGAUUUAUCUAUAACGAAUUUUUCUCUGUUCAAUUUCCAUUAUUUAGCAGCUCGGCAUAUGAAUGCCGUGAUACUUCUUGCAGUGAGGCUACUACAAUAGGCCUAAUCAAGACACGUCAUACUUACCCAUUCGGUGUGGAUCCUGCCUGGCAUGGCUCUCGAAGUGAAUUGCCAUUUUUGAACUCCUUGAAGAUGAAAUUGUCAAUCCUGCUUGGGGUGGCUCAAAUGAACCUUGGGGUUUUAUUGAGCUACUUUAAUGCCAAAUACUUCAGAAAUAGUGUAAAUAUAUGGUGUCAGUUUAUUCCUCAAGUUAUAUUCUUGAAUGCACUAUUUGGAUACCUUUCUGUGCUCAUCAUUAUAAAGUGGUGCACUGGUUCCCAAGCUGAUCUAUACCAUGUCAUGAUAUACAUGUUUCUUAGCCCUACAGAUGAUCUCGGUGAAAAUCAACUUUUCGCUGGUCAAAAGUUAACUCAGCUCGUACUACUACUUUUGGCACUGGUUGCUGUUCCAUGGAUGCUUCUCCCUAAACCAUUCCUUUUGAAAUCACAACACAACAGACAUCAAGCGCAGUCUUAUGCACCAAUUCAAGAUCUAGAUGAGUCCUUACUUGUAGAUGGAAGUCAUGAUUCUAGUGAUCAUGAGGAGUUUGAGUUCAGUGAAGUCUUUGUGCAUCAACUAAUACAUACCAUUGAGUUUGUGCUGGGAGCAGUCUCUAAUACUGCUUCUUAUCUUCGUCUGUGGGCCCUUAGUCUUGCACAUUCUGAGCUGUCAAGUGUCUUCUACGAGAAGGUCCUCAUCCUUGCUUGGGGGUACAACAAUAUUAUGAUUCUUAUAGUUGGCAUAAUUGUGUUCAUUGCUGCGACUGUUGGUGUGCUGUUGGUGAUGGAAACACUGAGUGCAUUCCUUCAUGCGCUAAGGCUUCACUGGGUGGAGUUCCAGAACAAGUUUUAUGAGGGAGACGGAUACAAGUUCACUCCUUUCGCUUUUGCUUUGCUUAGCGAGGAAGAGGAUUAAAUCAGUGUUGAUGUUCAUGGUCUCGUGUUCUUUUGCUUCUUUCACCAUCAGCAACAGCAGCUAAGGUGGAGGGGUUUCUCUUUUUCUCUUCUUUAUUUGUUGGGAUUUGGAGAUGAAUGAUAUUUUUACUGCGUGAGCUUCCAUCCCUCAACGUUGUGUAAUAAUAAUAGUAACAUUAUUAAUUACUAAUAAUAAGCAUCUUGUCUGUAUUCUGGCAGUUGCUGAUACCUCACCUAUUAGGCAUUAGCCUAUGUUGUAUAUUACUCGUCCUAUUUAAUAAAGAGGAUUAUGCUCAAGGGUCAAAA